UUUUCAGGUCUGACUCUGUGCUUCACAAUGGGAGACCGAUUGCCUUUUCCGGCAGUUGCCAGGACUUUGCUCCUUGUGGCCCUCUGCGUUUUGACCCUUCUGCCCCACGGCCUUCUGGGAAAUGACCACGCAGGCACCUCCGCCCGGCUCCAGAGGGUCAAACGAGGCUGGGUGUGGAACCAGUUCUUCGUCCUGGAGGAGUACACCGGACUGGAACCGCUCUACAUCGGAAAGCUUCACUCGGACAUGGACAAAGGCGACGGCUCCAUUAAGUACAUCCUGACGGGCGAGGGCGCCGGCUCCACCUUCACCAUCGACGACGGCACGGGGGACAUCCACGCCAUCCAGAGGCUGGACCGCGAGGUGAAGUCCCAGUACGCCCUCCGCGCCCAGGCCCGCAGCCGCCUCACCGACCGGCCGCUGGAGCCCGAGUCCGAGUUCAUCGUCAAGAUCCAGGACAUCAACGACAACGAGCCCAAGUUCCUGGACGGACCGUACCAGGCCACCGUGCCGGAGAUGUCCCUGAUAGGAACCUCUGUGAUCCAGCUGACGGCCACGGAUGCAGACGACCCCACGUAUGGAAACAGCGCCCGGGUGGUCUACAGCAUCGUGGAGGGGCAGCCCUACUUCUCCGUGGACGCCAAGACGGGUGUGGUCCGCGUGUCCCUGGCCGACAUGGACCGGGAGACCAGAGAGCAGUACCACGUGGUCAUCCAGGCCAAGGACAUGGGCGGCCAGCUGGGGGGGCUCGCCGGGACCACCACGGUCAACAUCACGCUGAGCGACGUCAACGACAACCCGCCCAUGUUUGACCAGAGGUUGUACCAGAUGAGCGUCCCCGAGGCGUCUCCUGUGGGCUCGGUGGUGGGACGCAUCUGGGCCAAGGACCGGGACACCGGGGUCAACGCAGAGAUGAGGUACAGCAUCAUCGACGGAGACGGAAGAGACACGUUCGACAUCAGCACCGACCCCACCAACCUGUUCGGCAUCAUCACCGUGAAAAAGCCCCUGGACUUUGAGACCAAACCCAGCUACACCCUGAAGGUGGAGGGCGCCAACACCAACCUGGACCCGGCCUUCAUGCACCGGGCAACCUUCAAGGACGUGACCAUCGUGCACGUGAGCGUGGAGGACGUGGACGAGCCGCCGCUGUUCGACCGGCCCUCGUACUUCGUGGAGCUUCCAGAGGACGCGGACAUCGGGACGCUGGUGAGGACGGUGACUGCCAGAGAUCCUGAUGCUGCCAACAACACAGUGAGGUAUUCCAUCGAGAGGUCCACCGACCCCGACAAGUUCUUCUACAUGGACGUCACGUCCGGGGCGCUGAUGACCGGACGCUCACUGGACCGAGAGGAGGUUGGCUUCCACAACAUCACAGUCCUCGCCAUGGAGAUGAACAACCCGACGCAGAUCUCCAGCGUGUCGGUGACAGUGAAGGUCCUGGACGUGAACGACAACCCUCCGCUGCUGACUCACUACCUGGAGGCGUACGUGUGUGAGAACGCCAAAGCCGGGCAGCUGAUCCAGACGGUGACGGCGCUGGACCCCGACCAGCCGCUCAGUGGACAUCACUUCUACUACAGUUUGGCUCCAGAGGCGGCGAACAACCCGAACUUCACCCUGAGAGACAACCAAGACAACACGGCGUGGAUCCUGACCCGGCGUGGCGGCUGGGCCCAGCAGGACCAGACUCUCUUCUAUUUACCCAUCUUCAUCUCGGACGGCGAGCAGCCGGUGCAGACCAGCACCAGCACGCUGACCAUCCGCGUGUGCAGCUGCGACCAGGACGGCAACGUCAUGUCGUGUAACGCCGAGGCCUACAGCCUGCCCGCCAGCCUCAGCAGAGGAGCGCUCAUCGCCAUCCUGGCCUGCAUCUUCGUCCUGCUGGUGAUGAUCCUCCUGAUGCUCUCCCUGCGGACGCAUCGUAAGAAGCCCUUCCUGUGCGACGAGGAGGAGAACGUCCACGAGAACAUCGUGCGCUACGACGACGAAGGCGGCGGCGAGGAGGACACGGAAGCCUUCGACAUCGGCGCCAUGUGGAACCCCCGCGAGGCGCACCACCACCCGGGCAAGACGAGGCAGGACAUGCUGCCGGAGAUCGAGAGCUUGUCGCGCUACGUCCCUCAAACCUGCGUGAUCGGCGGCGGCAGCGGCGACAGCAACGUUCAGGGAUACGUGCUCGCCAAGCUCCUGGACGCCGACGUGGACCCCUGCGCCCCCCCGUACGACUCCCUGCAGACCUACGCCUACGAGGGCGAAGGCUCGGUGGCCGAGUCGCUCAGCUCCCUCCAAUCAGGAGCCUCCAACACCGACCACGAGUACGACUAUCUCAACGACUGGGGGCCACGGUUCAAGAAGCUGGCCGAGAUGUAUGGCGUGCUGGAGACAAACCCCCCCCCGCUGUGGUAG